AUGGGUUACACUUACCUUGCCUAUGCCAGCUAUUUGUUAGUGUGUGGUACACCAAGCUUUCGUGACGUACUAAGCCAUUGUGUUGCUUCAAAUCGCCUAGUUUUCAUCCUUACAACUGUAACCGUUAAAUCCAAUUCAGAACUGAAAUUUUGCAAUGCUAAGGGAUUUUGCCUACAUUAUCCGUCACGGAAUACAACACUGGAUGGUGCAAGAAGCUACUGUGCCACCAGAAAUAGUACGUUAAUGGCUCCAAGUGACGCUGGAAUUAUGCACUGGGUAGAGAAUUUGAUGAAAAUUUUUUCCAACAAUAUACCGGACUUAACGAAGGUCUCAUUUUGGCUGAAUGCAAAAAAUUCUUCAGGCGUAUUUUACUGGAAUGUUAGCAAUAAAUUAAUAGAAAUAAAUUGGACUCAGUACCGCGUGUUAGCACUCCCAAGAGGAUCCAGGGGAAUUUUACUGAAUUGUAACUCUACCGGUGCAUUUCAAGUAUCCUCAAAUUUUCAGUGUUUUUUGAAGGCUACGAACAAUGUGACUAGGUUUCACCGGUUUUUCUGCCAAUAUUGUUAG